AUGCCCCGUGUCGCGCCCACGGCCCUCGGACCUGGCGACGCGGGCGCCGCACCACUCGUUGCAGGACGUCGCCAGAAGCACGGUGCGCAAUGGAGCACGGUGGCAGGCCUCCUGUAUGUGCUCAUUUCGACAGCAGCCACGAUCGGCGGGCUCUUCGCCAUGGCCGACUACCUCGCCAACGACUUUAUCUGGUUCCAGUUUGGCUCGACGGCGCUCGCGUUAACGAAUGUGAUCAACCUCCAGCUGCCGCAUGUGACCAACAGAACGACCUUGGACCUCUUCGCGCCAUCGUCCGGUCUCUCCAAGCACGACGCUGUCGGUAUCAGCGACGCGUACACGCGCUUUCUGCGCUACGAAGCGCUCACGACCCUCCACGAUGCAGUGGCGGGAUUGCGAAAUCUGCACCUGCUCCGCGUGGCGACGAUGGGCGCGCAGUACUGCUGGGUCGACUGGGACCGACGCUGGGCCAUGGCCCACACGGUCGCACGCCAAGAGCGCUGUCGCGACCGCUACGCGACAAAUGGUGCCGUGUACCUCGAGUCCGUUCUGCGCAAUAUUGACUUCAACGCGUGGGUCGAUGUCACGCAAGGCUUGUUUACGCAACGCAUCGGAAACGGCGUCACCGAGUCGUCGGACGAUGGCCCCGGCUUUCUGAAGUACCUCACGACGCACCAGAUUCUGGAUCUGGACAGCGAAGUCCACAUCUGGUCAAACGCUGGUCUGGCUCACUUUGUGAUGCAGUACACCAACGCCUACCAGAUCGGUCUGUACGACGUCGUUCGAAUUGAGAGCGCACUCGGCCAAGUCAUUGCAUUCAAGAUCAAAGACAUUCCGGUUGCGAGCCGCGGCGUCCGAUGGACCACCAACUACAUGUACGGUGGGCUUCAGACGGACCUCAAUAUCCCCAGCGGCAACCAAAGCCUCGUGCAGAACUCUAGCACCUUUGUUGGUGACGUGAGCCCGGGUCUUCUCGAAGCUGUCCUCGUGUGCUGGCCACUGCCCGCCGCUUUCCAAGCCGUGCACAACGACAUUGGGCCGCUCGACAACAUAGAUGUGCUCUGGGUGCCCGUGCCGGGCGCAGUGCUCUCGAUAGUGCAGACCUUUCGGUCACUUUUGUUGGCGCGUCUCGCGUCCGACGCAGCAAUGGCGCCGGCGCUCGAUGCGAUCGGCACGGUAGAGCUUCACCCGACGCCGCUCAAGUGGCACGAUCCGACUCUCCUCUUCUACGGCGGCAACCCCACGUGUGGCUUUGGUGUCGGCCUCGCCUUCGUCCAAGAGUCGUUUGGCUUUGACGAUUCGUGUGGCACGCAGAAGGCGCUGACGUACACCUUGUCGCCGCUCGCUAGUCUCUUUGCCUGGACGAUGCUCGGUGACGCCAACGCCACCGCUUCCAUCUGCGCGCUUAUGCCUGCCGCCGAGAUACAUGGUUGCGCCACGGCACUGCACACUAUCCAGGCCGCCGCAACGCUUGUGCCAUCUCUCUCAGAGCUUCGUUUACCGACGUCGUCGCUUCCGCCGCUACAGCUCAUGCAGUUUGUCGGCCGGAAUGCAUCGCCGCCGGUCGUCGAGACGCAGCUUCUGCUCGAUCCCUCGUUUGCUUUCUUCGGCUGGGUGAGCGUCUACGAGUGGGUCAUGCACACUCGCGAGGUCGUCACCUUUGAAGGCGACGUCGCGUCGUGUACACUCAUGACAUCGGCUGCGACACACAAGGCCUUGCCUCCGUAUGCUCUCCGCUCGAGCUUUGGCACGUAUCUCUGGUACUGUUGUGUGGCGGUGACAGUGGUCUUGGUGAGCCUAGCGAUGUUGCUGGUAUGCCUCUGGAUGUGCUAUUACCGACCAUCGCACACGCCGUGGCUGCAAUGGAGCCACGUUGUGAGCGCGACGUGGCUCAAUCGAGGGCUCUUGAUGGCCCGCGGCGGCGCUGCGCUGCUCUGUUUGUCGUCGGCCGUUCCGCAGUCCGAGGCGACAGCAUUCGGCUCGCAGUUUGCGCCGAGACGGCAACGAUCACUGGUCGCCUCGUGCCUCUUGUCGAGCGAAGCGACGUGGAUUCUCUACGUGCUCCACGAGGCUUUUCAUCCGCUGACCGCUCCGUAUACCUCCAGCUACGCACGCUGGAGCCUUGUGUCUGGGUGGCUCUAUCUCCUACUUUUGGACGUCGCGGCGCCAGUGCACGUCUCGGUGACUCUCGAGCGUAGCUGUACAUCUCAAAACAUGGACCGCGUGCUGUACUGUACGAGUGGACAUAUUGUCAUCGGUCACUUGGACCGUGUCUACGCCAACCUCGCGGGGCUGGUCGCUGCAGCUUGUGGCAGCUACCUCGUAGCGCGACGUUGGACCUCGUUGGGGGAGGUGGCUGAGACGCCGUCGCUCUUGCUCAACUCGGCAGCGAUUGCUUUUUUGGGCCGAAAGGAGCAGGCCCACGUCAACGUCGUGACCGCGGCCAUGGUCGGCGUCCUCCACUUUCCACGCCGUGGCAUUCUCUUUGACACCAAGCUCUGGGUCUUUGUCCAGACGAAUACGGUGCCCGUGUCACUGCUUGGGCUGCCGUCGACGCCAGGUCCCAAGAUCAGCGUGGUUCGGGAAGACCUGCAUCGGCUGUCCAACAUGGCACCGUCGUCGACGACGUACUCAUUUCUGCAACUACGAGUCAAGCAAAUGAUUCUGCUCUGUGGUAUUCUGUACACCAUGUUCAGCCUCACUUCCAACGUCGCCUUUCUCACGGUCGCACAGACGUUUUUGGCCAACGACUUUGGCUGGGCGGGCUUCAACAGCACCGGCAUGCACGCCUUCUUGGCCAAUGCCAUCAACCAGCACCUCCUCAUCUCAACCAACACGACGCUCGACUUGACCAGCACCGCGCUUGCAGACAUCUCGCAGCUCUACAACGGCUCGGUGGCUUCUAUUGCCUGGAGUGCACACGCUCCCCGGCGCCAGCUCAUGGACGCCAGCGUGCCUCUGACUCGGUUUGUGCAAGGCCUUCGCGACAUGAACCCGUGCAUGCUGCCGUGGAUGUUUACGCAGUACUGCUGGCUCGACUUGGAUCGGCAUUGGGCCAUGGCUAGCACCACAAGGCGCCAAGCGCGAUUGGCUCUCUGGCGUCGCUACAACCUAACUCGAUUCCAGUUGCAGUGGCAAAACUACAAGACGAUUGGCAUGGUCGACACCUUCUCAAUCACAUCUGCGCUAGGCUACACGUCGUCGCUGACGCUGAGUCGGUCGGAUGCCAGCUUUCAUCUUCUGCAGCAGACAUCCAACCGAAUGUACUGGGCGUUCGCGAGCGAUCUCUGGGCCAUUGCUACCAACACGUCAUUGAUUGGAGGCUACAGUCUCCUCGCAUCGAGUCCUCGCUUUGCGUUUACGAAUGUCUCGAGUCAAGCCGUCUUGUUUCAAAACCUAACCCUUCCUCAGCCAUUGACACCUGGUUUGAUCGUGCUACAGGCGACGAUCGGGCCGUUUGGUGCUGUCGAUAUGCACUACGUGGCACCUCCUGCAUCGGCCGUUGCUGUCUAUGCUGCAUUCUUCGCCAGCUUCAACACGCUUAUGGCGUUGGACCAUGUCGCACAGGCUACCGUCCUGUCGGUGCCAGCAAGGUCACGCGUCUGCGCGGUGCCACCCGCCUUGCUCAUCAAUCCGCUGACGCAAGUAAGUGGUGGUGGUUUUAUGUGCGGCAACGACGUCCCUCUGGAACCUGCGAGCUACGGUCUUCUCAACAGCUUUGGCGAGGCGAAUGCGUGCCAUGCUCUCUUCCUCGAGACGCUGCUGCCUUCCACAGCAGAGCUCUUCUUUGCUCUUCUUGCUUUCAAUGCAUCCCACGGCCCAAUGGUCAGCGCAGACGCAAGCGCCUUGUGUCGCUUGGACGCGUGUGCGGGGGCGACCUGCGCGCCGACGCUCAACACGCUCGUCGCCUUCUUGGAGGAGCACAUGAACGACUCCUUCUCCUCUUUGACACCGCUCUUUCAAGCCAGCGUCGCGGAUCUUCUGGCCCUUGACAUUCAAACAACCCAGUACUAUUCUCAUACAACAGAUACCGACACGCAGCUGUACCAGAUCAACCUCCUUGAGCCCAGCGAGCGUCUCUGGACCUUUUACGGCUGGCUAUUCCUCUUCGAGUGGCUGAAUGGCGGCCGCGAAGUCGUCUCCUUUCAAGGUGACGCUGGGAGCAUCACCACGAUCGCGACCGCGUACCCCGCCUUGGCGCAGACCCCAGACCCGUACGAGGUUCCCACAAGUGUUUCGCUCGUGGUGCUUGGCUCGACGGUCUACAUUACAUCGAUUCUCAUUGGUGUCACGUGCAUCCUGGCUGUCUACAUCCUCGGUACGCGCGGCGUCGGCAUGGAAGCCAACAACCUCUUUGAGCUGAACCGGGUCGUGGGCCACGUCUGGGCCGGGCGCAGUUUUAUCUUGCUACGGAGCGUCACGGCGAUUUGGAUGCUCAACACGGCGCCAUUGCUGCUGACGCAAGUGGGACACGCGACGCACUUUACGUCCCCGCAACUUCCGUGGUACCAAACAAUCCUCGCCGCCUCGGAAGUCACGUGGCUCGUCUAUGCCCUCAAUGACAUUGGCAGCUGCGUCACUUUGCAGUAUACGACAGCGUACGCGUACAAGAGCUCACUCGCGACGUGGUUCAUCUUGGUUGUUUGGUCUUUCGUCGCACCACUCUCGUACUCGGCGACACUGCACCGACACUGCACUUUUGUGGACAUGGACGCUGGACUCCUUUGCUCGAGCGCAUCUAUCCACAUUGGCUCCACCAGCGGUGUCCUUGGCGUCGUCGUCGUUGCUCUAAGUUGCAUUUGCGUCUGGUUUGGCUGGGAUCGAUGGCGUCUGCGAGGCUUGGCACCGCCUGGCGUCCACUCGCUCCUCCUCAACGCCCACUGCGUCUACAUGUUGGACUUUACAAACUGGAAGUACAAGGGGGAGUAUUAUCUCGACAAGACGUCGGCCGUCCUCGCUGGUUUAUUGAGCCUCGAGUACCAUGGCAAGUUGUACAUUUUUGACAUCAAGACGUGGCGGCUCUUCUCGUGUGCGUCGUCGAAAGACCCGACGCAGCCCGAGCGAUUUCAGGUCGCAAUUCCGCUGAGCCAGCUCUAA